CCCCCCCCCACGAUUAGCUCUCGACUGGCCUCUGCUGGCCGGAGAGCUUCUUCUCCCUCCCUCCACCAUGAGUCUCACACGCCCUGCCCGAUGCCUGUUCUGCAGCUUCUCUCGAGCGGCCUCCGCGGCCCCUCGCGUGCCUCGUCGCCAGUUCCACGCCACGCCGCUCCAGCUGAACAACCGCAAACCCAAAGCGCCCACCCCCGAGACGAAGGCCCUCGAUGCUAAGACAUCCCAGGUGAAGUCCCUGGAGCAGAUCUACCGGGACAUGAAGCCGGAGGACUUCAAGCCGUACACCGAGGAAGAGAAGGCCGUGCUGCGGGAGCACUACUCGCCGGAGCAGAUCGCGGCGAUCGAGGCGGGCGAGGCGGCCAUUGACCCCAAGGACCUGGCAUCGCAGUUCCAUUUCCGUCGGGACCCGAUGCACCUGAAAUACCUGGACGAUCUGUCGGUGAUCGAGCCGGUGGUGGACCACCACGUGCGGGCGCCCGAGAGCAACUCCGACUACAACGCGACGCUGAAGUCGGAGGAGGAUUUCCUGGACGACUUCGCGCAGUACUUCGAGGAGAUGCCCGAGAAGCCGGACGCGGCCCACUGGGUGCGGUUCCUCGAGACCACGCGGUUGACGCACGGCAAGGAGGAGAACGAGUUGAACGCGCACAGCGCGCUGGUGCCGGACGUCUUCGAGCACGGCGAGUCUCUGGACACGAUUGGUCAACCGCCGCCGCCGCGGGUGGUGGUCAUGAACCGAAUGGGAGAGCUCGAGGAUCAACAACCCGAGGCUAUCUCGGAUAUGGAUGUCCGACUGCACAAGGUCACCGGGUACUCGAAGCAGUACCUCAUGAGUCUAUACUCCAAGAACCUGGUCACCAAGCGAGUGGUCAACCAGACCCGAAUGGGCAAGAUUGCCAGCGUGUUCUGUCUGACGAUCGUCGGCAACAGGGACGGAAUGCUCGGACUGGGAACCGGCAAAUCCGAGGAAGUAGCCGACGCGAUGGUGCAGGCCAGAGCCCGCGCCAUCACGAACAUGCAGUACGUGCCGCGCUACGAGGGCCGCACCAUCUUCGGCGAUGUGGAGGGCAAGGUGGGUGCGACGGAGUUGAAGCUGUACCAGCGUCCGCCAGGCUUCGGUCUCCGGUGCCAGCACAUGAUCUUCGAGAUGUGCCGUGCCGCGGGUAUCCAGGACAUCGCGGCGCGGAUCAGCCGUGCGCGCAACCCGAUGAACACCGCCAAGGCCGCGUACGCGGCGCUGAUGAGCCAGCGCAACCCGGAGGACAUUGCUCGGGCCCGGGGCAAGAAGAUCGUGGAUGUGCGGGGGGUCUACUACUCGGGAAAAUUCGUUCGCAAGCCGUCGCGAGUGUCUGAGUCUAAGGCCUGAUGUCUAUAUUCUUAUGGUACCGAGUGUCCACACCACGCAGAAACACACCCCUUCUAGACCGGAAUUGUUUGCGUCCUGGCGGUGUACAUAAUGUUUCUUCUUCCUGUCUCUUUCUCUUCGUUUCAUCUAUGUACUUCCACACCCAUGCCAUGUAUUUCUACUACAAGCUGUCUUGUCAUCUGUCUGUCUGUCUGCUGUUUACCAUACCGAUCGAUCGGCCUGAUCAUGACAUCUGGAACAUCAAUCAAUCAAUCAAUCAAUCAAUCAAAA